ACUAAUUUUUGUUUAUGUAUGUUGACAACUUAAGAAAUCAAAAGGAUAGACACUCAAGUAAAAUUUCAUAAAUUUAUAAUUGUUGUCGAUGCAUAUUCAUUAAAUGGAAAAUGUCGCACAAUUUCACAAUAGAAGUUAGUUUUUGCACAUACAAUAUAAAAAAAAGAAAGAAAAAACAAUUGGCGCAUUUUGUGGAUGAAUGAUAUAUCGGUCUUAUCCACAAUGCAGUGCAAGUGUGUAACUAACUUACAAUAAAACAAGUAGGAAAGUUUGAGUGAAGCAUUUCGACGAACAGUUGUGUGUUAUCUCCCAUGGCGACCAACUUCUCGCCUGUUUCUCACUUACGCUCCAUCUUCUACGCCUCCAUUGCUCCAAAUACUCGCCCCUCAUUCACAGAUUUAAGAAAUGCGCGUUCAUGGAGUGCGUCGGCGAAUUACGUCAAGCUUCACGUGGCGGCGAGAGCCAAACCCGUAUUUAUCAAGCACGCAGUAAAGAAGAGAAUGGGAGUGUUGAGGUGUGCAACCCUCGAGGAAAUAGAAGCGGAGAAGUCAAUGAUUGAGGAAGAUGCUAAAGAAAGGAUGGAGAAGACUAUUGAAAAUGUUAAGUCCAGUUUCAAUUCGAUUAGGACGGGAAGGGCAAAUCCAGCUAUACUAGACAAAAUUGAGGUGGAGUAUUAUGGAACACCAGUUGUUUUGAAGAGCAUAGCUCAGAUAAGUACUCCAGAUGCAAGUUCCUUAUUGGUGCAGCCCUACGACAAAUCCAGCUUGAAGUCUAUUGAGAAAGCAAUUGUCAAUUCCGAUCUUGGGAUGACUCCAAAUAAUGAUGGAGACGUUAUUAGGUUGUCAAUGCCACAACUCACAUCAGACAGGAGAAAGGAGUUGUCAAAGGUUGUGGCUAAGCAGGCUGAAGAAGGCAAGGUUGCCAUAAGGAAUAUUAGAAGAGACGCCAUCAAAUCUUAUGAAAAGCUUGAGAAGGAGAAGAAGCUCUCAGAGGAUAAUGUGAAGGACCUAUCUGCUGAUUUGCAGAAAGUGACAGAUGAGUACAUGAAGAAGAUUGAGUCAAUCUACAAACAGAAAGAGAAGGAGCUGCUGAAAGUAUGAAGAUCUCCCCGCGACGUGUAAAUGAGAUUCCCUGCUGUAACGAAUUUUUGAUAAGCUCCUUUCACUAGUUUCCUUUCCCUUGGUUUUGGUGGGUGGUAUGUGGUACUCUAGAAAAAUAUGGUAUAUGCUGCUUCAAGACUUGUUCUUGUGAGGGCCUUUUGAUAGAGUUUCUUGAAUAGUUCCUUUUGUAACUGUACAUUUUUUGGGUCAAGGAUUAAAUUCAGUUGUGACAUUCAGCUA